ACCGCGGAUUUCCUGCAAACCCGACCGCCACACGGGGCUGGUCCUCAGACUGCUGGACGACGAUUGUGGUGGAGUGAGGGUUGAGAUAGAAGUGAGGGCAACAAAGCGGGUGGAAAUAGUUUGAGGAAACAGUCGGGUAGAGAGAUUUAAAAAGUCUGUGGGUAAAGAUACAACGGGUCGAUGUGUUAAACAGACAAGUGUCGUCUCACAGAAUUCCUGACUUUUCUCUUCCGGGAGUGGCGGGCCGGGUGUAACCGGAAGUCCCUUCCUGUUUUUCCCCGAGAUUCUCCGAAACUCCAGAUCGACAAAACGCCUUCACGAUGUGGAUGGUCUCGUCCCUGCUAUGUGUUGCCGCCUGGGUCGCCCGUGUGGCUGGGACUGGGGAUUCCCCGACCACUGUGAAUGGAACACGGGGACAGUCGGUCUCCUUACAUCCUGGGAUCCCAGUCGGACCGGACGUUGUUGAGCUUGUGUGGAGACGGUUGUCACCCAGGAUGAAGAUAGUGUCAUAUUCAAACAAGAUCAGUGACUAUUACGGAUCUGAGGAGUACAAGCGACGGAUAACUCUUCAUCCCGGGAACUUCAGUCUGGAAAUCCGUGAUCUGCAGAGAGAGGACACUGGUGAUUAUGAGGUGACUGUCACAGCAAGUUCAGGAGCACAGAUUCAGAACAAAAUGCGACUGGAUGUGUACGAGUGGAUGGGGACCGUGACAAGAGCUUGGGGACAGUUGGUCUCCCUACCUGCUGGGAUCACACGUGGGCUGGACGUUUCUCAGGUGGUGUGGAGAAGAGAUGGAACCACAAUAGCAGAAUAUCCAAAUGGAGUCAUUUCUUACUUCGGUCCUGAGGAGUACAAGCGACGGAUAACUCUUCAUCCUGGGACCUUCAGUCUGGAAAUCCGUGAUCUACAGAUAAAGGACAUUGGUUAUUAUGAGGUGGCUGUUACAGCAAGUUCAGGAACACAGACUCAGAACAAAAUGCGACUGGAGGUGUACGAAUGGAUGGUGACUGUGAAAGGAGCUCGGGGAGAGACGGUCGCCUUACCUGCUGGGAUCAAUGUCGGGCCGGGCGUUUCUCAGGUGGUGUGGAGCUCAAAAGGAACCAGAAAAGCCGAAUACAGAAGUGGAAACAUUUCCUGCUUCGGUCCUGAGGAGUACAAGCGACGGAUAGCUCUUCAUCCUGGGGACUUCAGUCUGGAAAUCCGUGAUCUACAGAGAGAGGAUGCCGGUGAUUAUGAUGUGGAAAUUGCUGUGGGUUCUGGAGCUGAACUUAAGGCGAGAGUGCGACUGGAAGUGAACGAUCCAGAUCUCAGAACAUCAUACAAUGGUUGGAAGGUUGCCACCGUGAUCCUCAUCGUGAUCCUCAUCCUCAUCCUCGUCGUAAUCGUCAUUCUGUAUCUGGUUUAUGAUAAAAGCUGCAUAAAGCUGCAUGAUUCUUGCUCACGUGGGAACAGAAGUAAGGGAAAGAAAUCUGGUACACCUGACGGCCAAGGGGAGGGCCAGGCUUUGAAGAAUCAUGAGAAGAAGGCUGCAACCAAUGCCUCGGAAUAGAACCCAGCUCACAGAUACCCUCUCCAUCGGGACAGCGAGCACCUCUCCAAACCCAAUCACUGGGAAAUGAUGGCCAGCCCCUCCUGGCUCCACAAGCACAGAGGGUGUGUGUAGGGGGUGGUCCUCCCCUCUACUAGAACCCUUGCCUUUGUUCAACAAUCCCAAAUUGCCUUAUAUACUGUGGGUUCUGCAGUGAAAGCUGGUAACCCCACUCCCGGAUCUGGGAUCCUUUCUACUGCACACAGGCCCAUGUCCACUACUCGUCCACCUGACUCUCCCUCCUUUUCCUCCCUGCUGCUCAGAUCCAACACUGCCCACCUUUCCUCCUGACUCUUAUCCUCAGAAUCUACCACUUUCUUGCCCUCUCUCAGUAUCCUCUCCUGUGUCCCCACCCAAAGCCCUGUGCCUACAUCAUUCCCCAGCAUCCCCACACAUCUCCAGGUAGUCCCCACACUCUGUCAUCACAGAAUACUCCGUUCAUGUUCUCACCUUUUUUCUCUUCCUCUAACCUACCUGGGUAAAGUCCAUCAGACCACAAGACAUUGGUGCAGAAUUAGGCCAUUCAGCCCAUCAAGUCAGCUCCAAUAUUUGAUCAAGGUUGGUCCAUUUGCCUCUCAAUCCCAUUCUUCUGCCUUCUCCACAUAAUAGAAACAUAGAAAAUAGGUGCAGGAGUAGGCCAUUCGGCCCUUCGAGCCUGCACCGCUGUUUAUUAUGAUCAUGGCUGAUCAUCCAACUCAGAACCCCGCCCCAGCCUUCCCUCCAUACCCCCUGACCCCUGUAGCCACAAGGGCCAUAUCUAACUCCCUCUUAAACAUAGCCAAUGAACUGGCCUCAACAGUUUCCUGUGGCAGAGAAUUCCACAGAUUCACCACUCUCUGUGUGAAGAAGUUUUUCCUAAUUUCGGUCCUAAAAGGCUUCCCCUCUAUCCUCAAACUGUGACCCCUCGUUCUGGACUUCCCCAACAUCGGGAACAAUCUUCCUGCAUCUAGCCUGUCCAAUCCCUUUAGGAUCUUAUACGUUUCAAUCAGAUCCCCCCUCAAUCUUCUAAAUUCCAACGAGUACAAGCCCAGUUCAUCCAGUCUUUCUUCAUAUGAAAGUCCUGCCAUCCCAGGAAUCAAUCUGGUGAACCUUCUUUGUACUCUCUCUAUGGCAAGGAUGUCUUUCCUCAGAUUAGGGGACCAAAACUGCACACAAUACUCCAGGUGUGGUCUCACCAAGGCCUUGUACAACUGCAGUAGUACCUCCCAGCUCCUGUACUCGAAUCCUCUCGCUAUAAAUGCCAGCAUACCAUUCGCCUUUUUCACCGCCUGCUGUACCUGCAUGCCCACUUUCAAUGACUGGUGUAUAAUGACACCCAGGUCUCGUUGCACCUCCCCUUUUCCUAAUCGGCCACCAUUCAGAUAAUAAUCUGUUUUCCUAUUUUUGCCACCAAAGUGGAUAACUUCACAUUUAUCCACAUUAAAUUGCAUCUGCCAUGAGUUUGCCCACUCACCCAACCUAUCCAAGUCACCCUGCAUCCUCUCAGCAUCCUCCUCACUGCUAACACUGCCACCCAGCUUCGUGUCAUCCGCAAACUUGGAGAUGCUGCAUUUAAUUCCCUCAUCCAAGUCAUUAAUAUAUAUUGUAAACAACUGGGGUCCCAGCACUGAGCCUUGCGGUACCCCACUAGUCACCGCCUGCCAUUCUGAAAAGGUACCGUUUAUUCCCACUCUUUGCUUCCUGUCUGCUAACCAAUUCUCCACCCACACCAAUACCUUACCCCCAAUACCGUGUGCUUUAAGUUUGCACACUAAUCUCCUGUGUGGGACCUUGUCAAAAUCCUUUUGAAAAUCCAAAUAUACCACAUCCACUGGUUCUCCCCUAUCCACUCUACUAGUUACAUCCUCAAAAAAUUCUGAGAUUCAUCAGACAUGAUUUUCCUUUCACAAAUCCAUGCUGACUUUGUCCGAUGAUUUCACCGCUUUCCAAAUGUGCUGUUAUCACAUCCUUGAUAACUGACUCCAGCAGUUUCCCCACCGCCAACGUUAGGCUAACCGGUCUAUAAUUCCCCGGUUUCUCUCUCCCUCCUUUUUUAAAAAGUGGGGUUACAUUAGCCACCCUCCAAUCCUCAGGAACUAGUCCAGAAUCUAACGAGUUUUGAAAAAUUAUCACUAAUGCAUCCACUAUUUCUUGGGCUACUUCCUUAAGCACUCUAGGAUGCAGACCAUCUGGCCCUGGGGAUUUAUCUGCCUUCAAUCCCUUCAAUUUACCUAACACGACUUCCCUACUAACAUGUAUUUCACUCAGUUCCUCCAUCUCACUGAACCCUCUGUCCCUUACUAUUUCUGGAAGAUUAUUUAUGUCCUCCUUAGUGAAGACAGAACCAAAGUAAUUAUUCAAUUGGUCUGCCAUGUCCUUGCUCCCCAUAAUCAAUUCACCUGUUUCUGUCUGCAGGGGACCUACAUUUGUCUUUACCAGUCUUUUCCUUUUUACAUAUCUAUAAAAGCUUUUACAGUCCGUUUUUAUGUUCCCCGCCAAUUUUCUCUCAUAAUCUUUUUUCGCCUUCCUAAUUAAGCCCUUUGUCCUCCUCUGCUGAACUCUGAAUUUCUCCCAGUCCUCAGGUGAGCCACUUUCUCUGGCUAAUUUGUAUGCUACUUCUUUGGAAUUGAUACUAUCCCUAAUUUCUCUUGUCAGCCACGGGUGCACUACCUUCCUUGAUUUAUUCUUUUGCCAAACUGGGAUGAACAAUUGUUGUAGUUCAUCCAUGCAACCUUUAAAUGCCUGCCAUUGCAUAUCCACCGUCAAUCCUUUAAGUGUCAUUUGCCAGUCUAUCUUAGCUAAUUCACGUCUCAUACCUUCAAAGUUACCCCUCUUUAAGUUCAGAACCUUCCAUGCCCUGAUUUAUCAAGAAUCCAUCAACCUCAGUCUUAAAUACACUCAGUGAUCUGGCCUCCAAAGCCACCAGUGGUAACAAAUUCCACAGAUGGAAUACCCUCUGGCUAAAGAAAUUCCUCCUCAUCUCCUUUUCAAAUAGACAUCUCUCUAUUCUGACAUUGUGACCUCUAGUCCUGUACUCUCCCACAAUCAGAAACAUCCUCUCCACAUCCAGUCUAUCUAGUACCUUCAACAUUCAAUAGGUUAGAAUGAGGUCCUCCCUCAUUCUUCCAAAUUUCAGUGGUACUAGUCCAGAGCUAUCGAAUGCUGUUCAUAUGAUAAGACUCUCAAGUCCAGAAACAUUUUCUGAGCCUCCUCUGAACCCUCUCCAAUGUCAGCACAUCUUUUCAUAGAAAAGUGCCUCCAACUGUUGACGAUACUGGAAAUGAGGCAAACCAGCCUCAGCUUUACAUCCUUGUUUUUAUUUUCUAGUUCUCUGAAAAUCAAUGUUAACAUUGCAGAUGCCUUCCUCACCACUAACUUAAACUGCUAGUUAACCUUUAGAGAAUCCUGCACAAGGAAUCGCAUGUCUCUAGGGUUUUGGCCUGAAACAUCAAUUGUACUCGUUUCCAUAGAUGAGUUGCUUGGAUCUCCAGCAUCUGCAGAGUUACUCUUGUUUGUAGUUGUAUUCCCUUUGCACUUUGCAUUUAUGAAUUUUCUCCCCAUUUAGAAAAUAGUCUACUGUUUUAUUCCUCCUCCCAAAGUGCAUGACCAUUUAGUUCCCGACACGAUGUUCCAUCUGGCACUUCUUUGCCCGGUCUCCUCAUCUGUCCGUCUUUCUGCAGCCCCUCUGCCUCUGCAACACUAUCUGCCCCUCUAACUACCUUCAUAUCAUCCACAAACUUGCCCACAAAGCCAUCAUUUCCAUCAUCCAAAUCAUUGAUAUACAACGUGAAAAGAGUAAGUCCCAACAUCACUACCUGUGGAACACAAUUUGCCAGCUGCAGCCAAUCAAAAAUGUUCACUGUAUUCCUACAUUUUGUCUCCUAAUUAUCCAAUGAUCUUGCAAUCCUAUGUCACCUCUUUCCAAGGAUAUGAUUUAUUUUUUAUCAACAGGGCCAUGCUUCACCCUCUGCCUACCUGCCUGUCAUUUCAAUACAAUCUGUGUCCAUGGAUGUUAAGCUCCUAACAAUAACUUUCUUUCAGUUAUGACUCAGUGAUGCCCACAACAUCAUACCUGUCAAUCUCUACCUAUGCUACAAGACCGUCUAUCUUAUUUUGCAUGCAGCGUGCAUUCAAAUAUAACACCUUCAGUUAGCUGUUUUCCCUUUGAUAAACUUGUCAUCCCCAGCUGAUCAGUCACCCUGAGCUUCACAAUGUACUGCAGCCCCACACUGUAACUUCCUGUUCCCCAUCCCACAACCCCUCCCGGGACAUCCCUUCCAAUUCUCAUUGCCUGAUUAACCAUUGACAUCCUGAAGGACAGUCCCAGAGGUUGGAGCCGAGGGUGGAGCCUGGGCAAAACCCAGGAUGUCGGAUGUUGUGGAGGAUCCUGUGAAGCCUCUCCCAAGAUUCUGGGGCUGUGGACGGCCACACACUGCAAGAGGUUUAUUGUUAAUAUUGUGUGCUCCCUGCCAACAUGAACCAGUGAAGGUUUCACCAGUGAAAUCACGCUCAGUCUUUCAGCCCGAGAGACUGGUGAUGAGGUAUUGGGCAGAGGGCACAUUUUUUAUCUGUGCACUGUCAAAUUUAAUAGCUUGGCCAGCAUCUGUGGAGAGUUAAUGUUUCAGGUCACACACGUCUCUCUCCACAGGUGCUGCCUGACUUGCCUCAGGCUUCCAGCAGUUCCUGAUUUUCCUAGAGAUUUCCAGCUUGUACAAUUGCUUUAUAUUUACUGCUUGAGAUUGUCUACUUUAUAAUAAAUUCUUAUACAAUAUUUUCCCAGA